AUGAGGUCUACCUACAAAAUAGUGUUUCUGGGGAGCUCUAAUGUCGGAAAAACCACCCUAAUGUCCCAGUACCUGCAUCAAGAGGUGCAAAGGUCAUAUGGACCCACGAUCGGACUGGACUUUGUUAGUACAACCAUUGUAGUUAGUGGACAUAGGGUUCGUCUUCAAUUGUGGGACACUGCCGGCCAAGAAAGGUUCAACUCGAUUAUACCAAACUACACUCGGAACUCUUUCCUUGCGAUUAUAGUUUUUGACAUGAAGGACAAGGCUUCCUUUGAGAGGAUAGAUCACUGGAUUAAUACGCUUACUAAGGCUAAUGACAGCCUUGAAAGUAAAGUUAGGAUUUUGGUAGUUGGUAACAAGAAGGACCUUGCUGACGAGGAGACGCGAGUGUGGUAUAAAGAGAUGGGGGCCAAAAAGGCCAAGAAGCACAGCGGAGAAUAUGUUGAAACGUGUGCUAUGAAGCAUGAGGGAAUUGAGGACCUUGUGAGGGCUGUUGACAGGCUUAUUGAGGAAGACUUAGAGAAUCCCAUGGAGGAUGAAAGUACAGUAAGGCCCGAGAGCAUAAGAUUUGUAAAGGGAAGGAGAUGCUGCUGA